AUGGCUUCUUUUACUAGAUUUCUUUUGUUGUUCACUGCUUUCUCAUUGUUCAUGCCUUCCCUUUCCAUUGAUGUUUCAUAUGAUGGAAGAUCACUUAAGAUUGACGGAGAACCGAAAAUUAUACUUUCUGGUUCAAUUCAUUAUCCUCGUAGUACUCCUGAAAUGUGGCAACCAUUGAUCCAAAAAGCCAAAGAGGGUGGGAUUGACGCAAUUGAGACUUAUGUUUUUUGGAAUGCCCAUGAGCCUCUACGUCGACAGUAUGACUUUUCAGGAAAUCUUGACCUUGUGAGAUUUAUUAAAACCAUCCAAAGUGAAGGACUUUAUGCUGUUCUUAGGAUUGGACCAUAUACAUGUGCAGAAUGGAAUUAUGGUGGAUUACCUGUAUGGUUGCACAACAUCCCUGGGAUUCAACUAAGGACAGCAAAUCCUUUAUACUUGAGUGAGAUGAAAAAUUUUACUACAUUGAUCGUGGAUAUGAUGAAACGUGAGAAUCUCUUUGCUUCACAAGGUGGACCUAUAAUUCUUUCUCAGAUUGAAAAUGAGUAUGGGAACAUUAUGGGCCCGUAUGGAGAGGCUGGAAAGGAAUACGUGAAUUGGUGUGCCAAAUUGGCUGAGUCUUUCAAUAUUGGUGUUCCUUGGAUUAUGUGCCAACAAUCAGAUGCUCCACAACCAAUGAUUAAUACUUGCAAUGGGUGGUAUUGUGAUCAAUUCACGCCAAACAGUCCCAAUAGUCCUAAAAUCUGGACAGAGAAUUGGACUGGCUGGUACAAGGGUUGGGGCUUGAAAGAUCCACACAGAACUGCAGAAGAUCUUGCUUUCUCUGUUGCAAGAUUUUUCCAAUAUCGUGGCACCAUUAUGAACUAUUACAUGUACCAUGGUGGCACUAAUUUUGGACGUACAGCAGGAGGUCCAUACAUUACAACAUCAUAUGAUUAUGAUGCACCCUUAGAUGAAUAUGGUAAUUUGAACCAACCCAAGUGGGGACAUCUAAAGCAACUUCAUUCAAUCCUAAAAUCUAUGGAGGAUGUUCUAACUCAGGGUUCUGUGAGAGAUAUAAAUUAUGAGACUCUGGUUUCGGCCACAAUUUUCAGUUACCAAGGCAAAUCAAGUUGUUUCUUUGGAAAUGCGAAGUCAGAAAAUACAACAAUUAACUUUCAAAACACCAUGUAUACAAUACCAGCUUGGUCUGUUACUAUCCUCCCUGAUUGCAGCACUGAAGUGUACAACACUGCCAGGGUUAACACUCAAACAUCAAUAAUGGUGAAAAAGGAUAACCAAGCUGAUGAUGCUGAAGAACCUUUUGUAUUGAAAUGGAAAUGGAGACCUGAGCAUCAUUUUGAGCACAUAAAAAAGAAAGGUUUUGUUGAUGGUAGUGUAAUGACUAUUGAACAACUCUUGGACCAAAAGACUGUCACAAAUGAUACCAGUGAUUACUUGUGGUAUUACUCCAGUUUUGAUCUCAAAAAGAGUAACCCAAUUUGGGGCAAAGAGACAACACUACAAGUGCAUACUAGUGGACAUGCAAUUCAUGCCUACGUCAAUGGAAAGCUUGUUGGAUCUCAAUAUGCUGAUAAUGGAAAAUAUGAUUUUGUUUUUGAAAAAAAAAUCAAAUUAAAGGAAGGGUUAAAUCACAUAUCAUUAUGUAGUGCUACAGUUGGAUUAGCAAACUAUGGAGCAAACUUUGAUAAGGUACCAGUUGGAAUUUCUUCUGGCCCGGUUCGUUUGAUUGCCAAACAGAGACUUAAUGAUGCAAGAAAAUUUGGGAAAAAGAAGUAUAUUCUUGAGGACAUUAGCAUGGAAUUGGAUCAUAGUAAAUGGACUUAUAAAGUGGGGUUGCAUGGUGAAGAAGAACUAAAACUUCAAGACCCAUAUUUCUCACAGCACCAAAAGUGGUCUCAAGGCCCUGUGCCAACAAAUAGGAUGUUUGUUUGGUACAAGACAACCUUCAAAGCUCCAAUAGGAAGUGAUCCAGUUGUGGUGGAUUUGAUGGGUUUGGGCAAGGGACAUGCUUGGGUAAAUGGUCAUAGCAUUGGUCGUUAUUGGCCAAGUUACCUUGCUGGUGAAGACGGGUGUAGUUCAGAAUGUGAUUAUCGUGGAUCAUACAGUAAUUCAAAAUGCUUGACUAAUUGUGGCAAACCUUCUCAAAGAUGGUACCAUGUGCCUCGAUCCUUUUUGAGAGAUGAUGAGAACACAUUGAUUUUGUUUGAAGAGGCUGGAGGAUAUCCAUUUGAUGUUAAGUUUCAAACUGUUACAGUUGGGAAAGCUUGUGCUAAUGCUUAUGAAGGGAACACUUUGGAACUAUCAUGUCAAGGAGGAAGUGCUAUAUCUGAAAUUAAAUUUGCUAGCUUUGGUUUGCCAGAGGGUGCUUGUGGAUCAUUUAGAACUGGCAGUUGUGAGUCUUCCAAUGCUUUGUCAAUCAUUCAAAAGGAGUGUCUUGGCAAAGAGAGGUGUUCUCUUGAUGUCUCAGAAAAGAGUCUUGGACCAACUGGUUGCAAAGCCACAAAUAGGCUGGCUGUUGAAGUAAUAUGUUAAGAGUUGCAUCGUUAGGAUUUUCUUGGAUUAGGUGUGUAGUUUCGUUUUUUUUUCUUUUUUGAGGAUUUAGUAGGAUAUAAGUUUGUAGUUUGGUUUUUCCUCUUUUGAGGAAAUAAAUGGUUUUGGAAUAGCAACUAGCAAGACCAUAUUUGAGGAAAACAACAUUGUCAUUUGUUUAGGUAUCAAUAAAUUCAAUUUCGCUCUCUUUUGCCAAUUUAAUUUUAUGGCUGCGCAAAAUUU